GGUGGUGGAAUGUCAUAUAUAAAAGAUGGCGGGCAGGGGUGACGUUCUUCUAGCCUAAUCGCUGCUGGAUCGCUUGGAAACGCCAUCAUGAGAUUUUCAGUGUUGAUCGCUGUGUGCUUGCUUGUCCCCUCCUUGGCAAGACCCCAAGGCGGCAACGGUGGGGGUGGUGGCGGCGCAGGCGCCGGAAUGCAAGGCGGUUUGAACUUCGGCCUGGGCGGCGGAGCGGGCGCAGGCGGAAGUGGCGCGGAUGGAGCCGGCGGCGCAGGAGCCGGCGGACAAUUUGGAGGCGGCCUCAACUUCGGCGGCUCCGCAGGUGCAGGUGCAGGUGCGGGAGGAGGCGGAGGAAACGGCAUGCCCAACUACAUGAACUAUGGCAGAAAGUAGUGAGAAGUUUGUCUUGUAUUAUAUGGAAGAAGGCCAUUUGUAUAGCUGCAAUAAAACUUUCCUUUGU